AUGGAAGACGACGAGUGGCAGGAACUCAGUCGCGAGCUUUUGGGUGAUGCGGCUGAAACUGAGCCGGCUGAGGCAGCCAGGUCUCAAGAGCAGUUGUUGAUGCCCGGCACAGGUAUGGAUGUGAGUGACUGGGACGGAUUGGUCAAUGAGCUUCUUGCUGGACCCACGGUCCCUUCGGUGUCGAGCACUUCUUCCGGCGGCAACAACUCUGGAAACCACUCGUGGCCAGAUGUGUCAAUGGAUGGUGGCCAUGGCCGAGAUGAUGAGGGCAGCCUGCCUGCUCAUGAUCCAAAUUUGGAUGAUGCACAUCUAGGUUUCAAGCCCUCCACAGAGCCGUGCCGCAAGCGCGGCAGGCCCCCUGGAAUCUUUGGCAGUCGAAAGUUGCAAGAGGCGUUGAGAAGCAGACAAGCUUCGCAGCAAGCUGAAGACCCUCCAGUGGGCAACGAGCCAGGAACAAUUGCUUAUGCCAGGGAAUUUAAAAAGCAGAAGAAAGCUGCAGCUAUUCCAGCCGGGGCAGUCUCCUUGCCCUUGCCAGGCAUGGCAACAGACAUCUGGAAUUCGCUGAAGAAUCUGGCGUCCAGCGCAACACAAAAAGCUUUGGUUUUCACCGCUGCCGCUGCUUCCGCUGCCCGUGGUCGCAAGGCGGCCGGACAAGGGCAGAUGUCUGCCGAAGAAGCGUCAGAGGACAGUUUUUUGCAAGCUGUUUUCGAAGACAAGCGAGACGUGUUGACCCAGACGCAGUUCGCUUCCAAGUGUGGGCUUCAGAAGAACAGAUCUGCUUCCCUGUUCGUGUCAGCAGCUUCGGCAGCACUCGAAGGGGCUCGAGUUUUGUGGGGCACUUUCUUUCGUGCUCUGGACGCACGAUUGGAUUCAGAAAGUGGAGGCUGGAUACCAGUCUUGUUGUGCCAUCGCUGCCGAUACGACGAGACCCCCACUCUGACCCGAAUCCAUGCACAGCAGUGUAAGGAUAUAGCGUCAGCCAGCGAUGUGUCCAAGCAUGGAAAAGUCGUUCAAUCGGAAGGUUCAAUACAUGUCUUGCUGGCGAAUGCAGACCGCAGUAAAUUCCUGGAGUUCACUGGCAGGAUCCCGACUACCUUACAGGUGGUCGAAGACACUUCUGCAGUUUGCCUUCGCCGAGUGCGGUGCAACGUGUUGGGUAUCGAUUCAAUACCAGAGAUGCUUGCCAUCUCAAGCAAAUUCCCGUGGACAUUGCAGCAAGCGACGGUGGAUAGAUAUGCUGCGAAUUUUAGAGCAGAAUCCGCACUCCUACACGAUGUUUUGGCGGCGCAAGAGGAUGGUGCGCCUUUAACCAGCAAGGCCACAUUGCCCUGUGACAUUCAUCGAAUCCACCAAGCACAUUCCAGCUCUUUCAAGCUUGUCACCGAGGAUAUCUCGGGUUUGCUUUCUGCAAGUCUGUGUCAACAGGCUGGGAGCUUGGAUGCAUGGCGCGAGAUACUCUCUACAGUUCUCGAACAGCGUUUGGUAAUAUACUACGACACACCGCCGCAAGGAUGGGCAGCACAGCACCGCUCAGCAGUGCUCGACUUGUUUCUGCCAGCUGGGUCUGAUGCCAAGGGCCGGCUGCAAAACGAAAGGCGGCGCUAUGUGUUGCAAAACACAUUGAACGGCUAUAUAGACUCAAAAGAGGUAGCCCAUUACUGCAGUUUUGGAUGCUGCCAGUCAAGGGAGGAGACCUACAGGAAAAUCAGAAAAUUCACAGUAGCUGCGUUGCUACCAUCCAAGCUGCAGCUCUUUGCGAAGAACCGAUGGGCCAAACAUUUUGAUUCUGUCUCCUUUUGUGGAUUGUUGUCCGCUUACCAUGGCUUGUUGGAGCCACUCCUGCUUGCGUACACCGGCGGUCCGAUCAAAGCAGUUUCUGGACAGGACGACCAGGCGAGGCAGACGGUGGCAGAGGGCACAGGGGAUGCCAUUCUGGAUAUGCUCGCUGGUGAGAUGGGCCUGGAGGUUUCUGGCGGCCAUGCAGUUGCUGAGGCUGCAGCCCACGUGCCAGAUGAUGAGCCGGAGGCAGAGAAUGGGCAAGGAGACGAGGGAGCUGUGAACCCGGCAGAGGUGGAUUGGGUGACGUUGAAUAAGCAGUUCAAGCAGAAGGCAGCCUUGUGGGGUGCUUCGCAUCCGGCAGCACGGCUAACUUUCCUGGCCAUGUCCAUUACUGCGAUGGCGCAAGUCAUGCACCCGUUCCUGGCCAUGAGCGGUGAUGAGUGGGAACUGAAGCAGAGGCAACUGGCCAUGGCAGGUACGGCUAGAUCUCUGGGUUUGUGGGCAGGCGAGCCGAGGACAUACCGGUUGUUGGUGGCCGCGAGAGGGCAGCAUGAGGAGAAUGCACUAGCCGCGUUGCUGGCAUUUCUAGACGAGACACCGCUGACUUUGUCGCAGGAACACUUCACAUUGCAUUUUCGUUCUCUUGCAUUCAGACUAUUUAGUCGCGUGGGAUGUGCUCUGCACUGGUUGCUGCGUGUGCCGCAUUGCGGCUGGCCCUAUGCUCUUUUCAAGGUUUUGGACGGGGACACGACGGUCUUGCGCAACACGCCUGCAUGCUGCCUGGAUGAGCUAGGUGCGGCCUAUUUGCAGCAAUAUCCUCUUGAUACCUGCACGUACCAGCCGGGGACGGAGGAGUAUGCGGUGCUAGCUUUCCUGGCAGAGAAUUUGCAUAUAGACAUCGCAGGCAUAGAGUCGCGUCACGCGGCCCUCAGACGUCUCUCUUUGAAGAAAAGCUUACAAACAUGGAUCACGAACUUCCAGCACCUCUCCGCUGAGUUCACCUGCCGUCAAGUUGCAGCUUGCCGCAGGAGGGAGUCAGCUGGGACUUCCACUGCAGGGCAGCCGAGCGAUGCAAAGCCACCCAAGAACCAUAGAAGGAAGAACAAGAAACCCGGUACUGGCGGGGGUGGGGGUGGGCCAUUUCGCGCCUAUUUGCAUGUGCAUUAUCGUGGCCAGAGAGGCACUCCAGACUUGUGGCAGAAAGCCGGCGAAGAAUGGAGGUCUUUGUCUGACGAAGACAAGCAGCCCUAUCGUCAACUAGGCCUGGCAGGCUUGCGUGCUUGGAGAGAAGGCUUCCGGGCGUUCGGCACCAAUGUGCAGGAGCAGAAUGCUGGCCCGAGGCCGGGAGAUGUGGUGGCAGGUGGUGCAGUCGUGGCAGCAGAUGCGCCGAGACACAAUAUGGAAUUGGUGCCACAGACAAGCAUCGAUUUGAGAGAUGAGCUCCGGAAGCUUACUUCCGAGCAACGGUCCCGGUCUCGACAACAGAAAGAAGCGGAGUGCCAGCAGAUGGAAAUCAUGCGGGCAGCGGAGACACAACUCCUUGCUACAUCCGCUGCGGACGUGGCGGUCUUCACGGAUGUCCCCGUGAAGGAGGGCCUCAGUCAUAGUGGACGCGUCAGUGGCCGUAGUUGGGGCUUGCGCAACAAGCUGACGGAGGCAUUCUGCCAGCAUACAGAGAUCGUCCGCAACAAGGACCAGCCGCGAAUUAAAUUCGACCCAGCAGUGCAGCGACGGAUGUUCAGUGCCAAGCCUUGCUCAAAACUGGGCAUCUGCAUCUGUGGGGCUGCCGGCAAUGGACACACAGCGAACCAGGUCCACCAGCGCAUCGCUGCGGAUUUGAAGCGUAUCUGCUGGAGUCGGAAGAAAGAAAAGUCUUCAGAGCGCCUCAUGUUGGAGGCCGGCAAAAUCGUGCUGCGACUGCAUGCCUCAGAUGAUGCAGAUGCAGAGUUCUGGUAUCACGUCGGAUUUGCCAACUACACAACUUGGCGUUUGACCUUUCACAAGCUCUUGCGUGUGCCGGGUGAUGUGCAGCCUCUCCAAGACACGGUUCUGCUGAGAUCAGUGUGCAUGGAGAUGGAAAGACAGGAUGUACGCCGCACCGCCAAAACUUUCAUGACCUCGGUGCACGCACUGGCCAGCGACAUCAACUUUGUGUCUCCGUGCAGCAUGUCUUUGUAUGCCAUUGUGGACUCUUCUGCAACAGUGUCAUUUGAGAGGAUGAAGCCUGGCUAUGUUCAGGUAGUUGCGUGCCGUUCAGACAGUGGAGACUGUCUAGAGAUGUCCGUUUGGAGGGGGCAGGCUGCAGAGGACGAAGACGCUGCAGAGCAACAGCGUCUACGAGGCAGAAGACGCCGCGGGGAGCGCCAGUCUUGCGCAGAACGGCAACCGAAGACUCGCGGCGGCCGCCCGCAACAGGCUGCAGCAGCCGUUCAGAACCAGGACGAAGAUGAUGCUGCGGAGCCAGCAGAAUCGGAGGCGCAAGCAAUCCUCACGGACGACAGCGAAGCCAUGCAGCUCGAAGAGGAUGCGGACGCAGCCUCUUCGGCAUCUGAAGCUGGAGAGUCAGGCGGUGAGUCUGAUGCAGAGCUUGACGAUGAUGGGGAUGAGGGUCUUGGACUGCUGGACGCAUUGCUCGCAGAAAUGCGAGCCGAGGAUCGCGAGGCGAACGCCGGCGAUGUGCAGCUGGACCGAAAUUCUACGGAAAGCUCAAGCAGCGACUCUAGCAGCAGCAGCAGCACGUCCAGCAGUGACUCCUCCUCCUCCCCCGACUCUGAUGGCGAGGAUGAGGCUGCAGAACGUCAGGGCGCAGCAGGUCCUCGUGCGCCUGCGAUCGCAGAACAUGUCUUCGAACUUGAAGGUGGUCUUGGGCAAAUCCGCUAUAAUGUUGCACAAGAGGUUUUGAUCGCCCGUUGCGGGGUGCAUGGAGAGAAUUGCCGGAGGCGGCGUGCAACAACCUCUUCGCAUCUCCCACGGCUCCGUGGGCAAGGCCGUCCGAUCGGCCUUCUAGUCAGCUGGCUCAUGCGAGCGCAUGAGGAAGAAUCCGCACAUGGUCACGUCAAAAUGAAGCCCUCGCCCCUGUGCGAUCGUAGAGCUGCGCGGGAAGCUUUUUAUCGCAUGGAGGGGUC